ACAUUUUCACAAACACCUGGCCCCCAUUUCCCUUUCCUUCUCUAUAUUUCUUCCUCCAACCCUUUCUUCUCUCCCACCUCCUCUGUGUGGUCCUCUCAUACCCAUCUCGGGUUUUCAAAUUCACUCCCCAUCUUUGCCUCAUUUCAUCUUCCCGUUUCGGAAUCUCGUGUAUUUGAGCGAUUGAUUUGGAUUUGGAUUUCAAUCGAUCGCUCACGAUACUUUUUUUGUUUGUUUGAAGAAUAUUCUAUCGAGAAAUUGAAGAAGAACGAAAAUGGCGGAAGAACAGGAAUGGCACGAAGCAAGCAAUCACGUCCUCUGCGCGAAUAACUGCGGGUUCUUUGGAAGUCCUACGACGCUCAAUCUCUGCUCGAAAUGCUACAAAGAUCAUUGCCUGAAAGAACAGCAGAUGUCGGAGGCUAAAAUCGCCGUCGAGAAAAGCCUAUCGCCUCCACAACAAUCAUCACCGGUGACAUCUUCUUCUUCUUCUUCCUCCGGUACGUUAUUAUCUCUUUCCGUCGCUACAGAUCUAGAUUCCGGUACCGUGAUUCCGUCUCCGGCGGUUUCAAAACCGCAGCAACGAAACCGUUGCGGGUGCUGCAACCGGCGCGUGGGGCUCACGGGGUUCACGUGCAGAUGUGGAACCACCUUCUGUGGGACCCACCGGUACCCUGAGAUGCACGCGUGUACGUUUGAUUUCAAGACGAUGGGGAAAGAAGCCAUUGCGAGGGAGAAUCCGGUGAUCAAGGCUGCGAAGCUCGAUAAAAUUUGAAAAGAUCUGAGCCGUUGGUUGAAUUAUUGAUUGUUUUGAUCUUACGGUUAGAAUUGGGGGUACAGGGUAUGGGAGAUGGUCCUAUGGGGGUGUUGGUUUGAUUAAUGUUUCUAUUUCGGUUUAUCGGCUCAUUUUGGUGGGUCGGGUCUUUUUAUCUUCCCUUUUUUAUUUUUGUAAAAAGAAGUAAAAAAAAUUGGAAAUGAAAAACCA